AUGGCGCUCUUUCUGUGUACCUUCGCACUGCUUUCACUGGCCUCUGCCACUUCUCCAGUCGUUAAGCUGGGGUAUGCUAACUAUGAGGGCCGUUCACUCUCUACAGGUGUUUCCCAAUGGCUCGGUAUACGUUUUGCUGCUCCUCCCGUGGGGGAGAGACGGUUUGCGGCGCCACAUGACCCCUUGUCUGUAGCUGGGGUUCAGCAGGCGACUGAGCAUGGAAGUCUAUGUAUUCCUACCGCAUCAAGUGAAGGAUCAACAGUCCCCAAAGGAACCUCGGAGGACUGCCUCUUCCUCGAUGUCUACGCACCUACAGGAGCAGUUGGAUCUAAGAAACUGCCUGUCUACUUUUUUAUUCAAGGCGGCGGCUUUGCCCAGAACUCAAAUCCCAAUUACAACGGGACUGGUCUGAUCGAGGCAUCUGGAAACGACAUUGUGGUGGUGACAUUUAACUACCGUGUUGGUCCCUAUGGCUUCCUUGCUGGAGAAGAAGUUAAAUCAGGUGCAAGCCUGAACAAUGGACUCAAAGAUCAGCGGAAGGCCCUGCAGUGGGUUCACAAGCAUAUUAGCAAGUUUGGUGGUGAUCCCAAUCACGUUGUCAUUGGCGGUGAUAGUGCAGGUGCUGCCUCAGUCACUCUCAUGCUAUCAGCGUAUGGCGGCAGAAACGAGGGUCUUUUUGUUGCAGCAGCAGCCGAAUCACAAAGCUUUGCCACGAUGCUGAAUGUCACAGAAAGUCAAUUCGCAUACCACGAGCUUGCAAAUGCGACUGGGUGUAGCAGCAGCAAGGAUACCCUGGCGUGUCUGCGAGACCUUGACGUUAGUGCUUUACAAAAGAAAAACGUCAAUAGGCCCUAUCCCGGAGCACCAGGCAACCCGUUAUACCUAUACGGUCCCACAAUCGAUGGAGACCUGGUACCAGACCACACAUAUAGCCUAUUCCACGAAGGCAAAUUCAUCAAAGUACCCGUGAUAUUCGGCGACGACACGAACGAAGGCACAAACUUCGUGCCUAGAAGCACCUCGAGUGUGGCCGAAGCUGAUGCGUUCAUCAAGAACCAGUUCCCAUACAUGACAAAAGCCCAGUUAUCCAAGAUCAACAGCAUCUAUCUCACGGAGAACCAAACAGAAGUGUUUCCAAACGCUGGAGACCACUGGCGCCCAGCCAGCACAGCCUACGGCGAAAUAAGAUACAUCUGCCCAGGAAUCGACAUGUCAACCGUCUACGCAGCAGCCGGAGUCCCAAGCUGGAACUACCACUAUGCAGUAACAGACACAGAGCACGAAAACUCGGGAGUAGGUACACCACACACGAUUGAAGUGAACGCCAUCUGGGGCCCUGAUUAUACCGGCGGCGGUGCACCUGCCUCCUACACUACCUCCAAUGCAGCCAUCGUGCCAUUGAUGCAGGCUUACUGGACGAGCUUUAUCAGGUCUCUGGAUCCGAACAGGCAUCGACUUAAGUCAAGUCCUGAAUGGCAGACCUGGGAGCAAGAUGGUGGGCAUCAGCGUAUCUUUAUUCGGACGAACGAGACUAGGAUGGAGACUGUGCCUUUGGAUCAGAGGGCGAGGUGUGAUUAUUUGAUUGGCAUUGGGGUUGAUUUGCACCAGUAG